UAUGGUUGAUUAUAUUUUACUUUACACGCCACUUAGCUGCUGAAACAUCGGAUUUCGCCCGUGUUCAGCUUUGUUUCGUGAGCUAGAUUUCGCUGUCUUAAACAUGUUUGGUGGUCCCAAAUUCAGAAGCAUCGAUGACAUUGACUCGUCGGUGCAGAUGAAGCUGUAUUCGCUUACUAAGAGACAGAUCUUCACAGUGUUCUCAUGUUUCUUCCUCGCAGUAGCCACCACCAUCCUCAUCGGAAUAAAUGGUCCUCCAGUUGUCUAUUCUGAAGUAGUUCACAGCAGUGAGAUGCCCCACAUAGCGAAGGAGGAACUGAAGUUAGACAGGGGUCCCUUCUUCCUAGACUCACCCUACCUCUCCUCAUUCAAUCAGCAGUUGUACCUCUGGUGUCAAAUACUCACUAAUAAUUCUGCAUCUGCGGGCAAGUACAGUGAGCCGUUUGGGAUGAAUGUGAAGAUUCUGGGCAAGGAGGACAACAACUAUGGCUACGAGGUCAACAAGGACUCCAACGAACGCACGCGUCUACUCCAGUGUCACCGGGAUACAUGCAGUGAGUUCCUGGUGAUGCAUUUGGGCCACUUGCAGUACCUGCUCUACACAGUCAUAGUCCAGUUCCACUCCCUCAACUCCCUCCCACACCCCAUCAGAGAGGUCAUCUUUACGUGGCAGACAUUCAACCCGAACUUCACCCAGCUGGAGAUCUGGUUCAGAUUCGGGUUCCUAGUGAUAACAUUUGCAGCCAUCUGUCUCUUUGCCCACUCCAUGAGGAAAUUUUCAAUCAAGGAUUGGACUAUAGAACAGAAGUGGAUUGUAAUUCUGCUGCCCCUUUUAUUACUCUACAACAACCCUCUAUUUGCCCUGACAUUCCUGGUAAGCAGCUGGGUGCCCAAUCUGUUCGACGCCCUCUUCCAGACUUCCUUCUGUGGCGCCCUGCUCAUGUUCUGGGUGUGCACCUACCAUGGACUCAGAACACAGGAGAGGGGUGUUUGUCUGUUCUACAUUCCGAAGAUCACCUUGGUGGGGUCUAUUUGGAUGCUGGCUCUAUUCUUUGCCUCCUGGGAGAGCUAUCACAAGACCACUGACCCAACUUACUCCACUGACUACGACUUCAAAAACUACACGCCCCUUCGCAUUGUGUUCUUCGUGGCCCUGGGCGUGUAUGUAUUAUAUUUACUCUUCCUCAUCAUCAGAGCAUGGACGGAGUUGACUUCUCUUCCCUACUUUGACGUUAGACUGAAGUUUCUCACCAUCUUGACUUUUAUCAUCAUCAUUGCAUGCUGCAGCCUAUUGUUCAUCAGAUAUGGUCUCCGGAUGACGGACGGGGAGGCGUUCGGAGGGGGAAUCAUGUCCCGAUACAGCAAUGCCGCCGAGUUCCUCUCCCUCUACUCCAUACUAAACUUCUACGUCUACACUCUAGCAUUCGUGUACUCACCCGCCAAAAACGCAUACACAGAUGGUCACUUUCGGGACAAUCCCGCCUUCUCCAUGCUAAAUGACGAGUCAGAUGAUGACGUAAUGUACGGGAUGAAGGGCUUGAGACUGAUGAUUGAGUCUCCUAAUUCGAACUUGAAAACAGAACCUCUCUUGGGUAAAUCUGGCGCAGGAAUGGUGAAUGGUCAACGCAUGGGAGCGAAAUUGAUGAGCGACUCCGACUAGAAAGGACUAACAAACAAUAAUAGAAAGAAACAACAGAGUUGAAGUUUCUGGGUUGUAAUAAAAUAGUGGACAUUACACUGUGUGAUAAUCGGAUCUCUAUGUUGUUAAUGUUGUUUUUUGUACCAACUAGGUAUUCAGCCUGGCGCUACUUAAAAAAAACGCAAUACCUAAAGUUUAGGUCAUAAACUACAAAAAAAAUCAGGCAAUUUACGUGCUAUAGUAUAUUCGAGUGCGCAGCAAAUAAGACGACAGCGGUUAAGACGACAAUUAUAUUCAAACUUUUUUUGUGAAGACAAGCAAAUAAGAACGAAGAGAAACAGCGCGAUUACUUUUAACGCUAGUUUCAGGAGUGUUAAUGAGAAAAAUAGCCAAUCAAA